ACACACAUAGAAGAAGAGGAGGAAGAAGAGAGAAAACAACAACAAACAAAGAGAAAGAAAAGGUGGUAGAUGUGAGCCAACGACUCCUUCCUCCCCUUUCCACUUCUCUCCUUCCCCCUCUCUCCUUCCCCUUCCUUCUCAAUCUCUGCUCCCCUUCCUUUCCUCAGCAACCUUCUCAUGACCUUCUCAAUCUCUCUUCAGUUGUAUAUAUAAAGCUUUGUCUUUUGCUCUCCAUGGCUUGGCUUCUUUAUAUUUGUCUUUUGUUGCAUAUAUAUGAUUUUAUGUAAAGUUUGAGUUCACGGAGGUUUCUAUGCCUUCUUGCUGUGUUUGAAGAAUUUGAAGUGUUUUGAGUUUGGGAAACCAGUGGGGAAUCUCAAAACCAUGUAAAUUUGAUGUUUUUAUGUGGUUAUUUUCUUUUUUGUACAGUUUGAUAUGGGUAUAGUUUGUUUGUUUAUGCUUUUCUUUGUUUGGUAGAAUUUCAUCUAUUGUUGCUCUUUCUUUAUCUGUGUUGUAUUAUUGUGUUGAUGGAUGGACUUGCUUGUGUUGGAUUUUGAUUAUUUGUUUGAAGAAAUUGGAAGUGUUUCAUGGAUGGUUUCAUGUACUUGUUUUUGUUUAUAUAGUUCAAUAAGAGCAGGGUUGAUUUGCUUCUUGCUUUUUUUUCUUUUUGAUUUGAUUUCAUUGAAUUAUACCUUUUUAAAAGACUGAACAUCAACUUCUUCUCAGUUCUCUACUUGUAGUGAUCUUUUCUGGUCUAGACGUUGGAAUCCUGUAGUGAUUUGAGCUUUUCUGAUGUAAUUGGUUUUUAGAUAUAAUAGAUUCACGGUUGGUGAUAGUACACAGAAAUUGAUGAAAUUCUUAGUUGUAGUUGAAACAGAUGAAACUCUCUAUGUCAAAAGUCUUGAUUGUGACAUUAGAAACACUGAACUUCAGUGAAAAUAUCUAUUGUUUCUUCAACAAAAUAAAGAAGACGAGGACACCGAUGUAUUGAGUAUCUUAUCCAUAUAAUUUAACUAAGUCUGUUCUAUUCAAUACUUUCUCAAAAUAAUAAUUCUGUAUGUUAGAAUCUUAGAAGGUAAGAGAUUUGCAGGAAACCACCGUAGGACAUGCUUUUGUUCACAUAUUAAUGUGAUUGGCAGAUGUAUUCUGCCAAUUGGUGUACUCUUGAGAGUAGAUUAUCUUUUUACAAGGAAUCCAUUUGAGUAGAUUAUCUUCCCUUUGAGUAUUUGGGUAUUAUGGGAGCCAAGACCUGAAACUUAGCCACAUUGCCUUAAUGUAUUGUAGGUGUCUUCUGAUGAAGGUUUGGUUCACGUCUAGCAAAUAAAUUGGUAACUUAAAUGCUAAUUCGAUGAUUGACGCCAUGAGACCUAAAACUUAAUAAACAUCUACAUUUGACCUGUAUACAAAUCCUUGAUGCUUCCAUUUUCUGCUAUCUGACUGCCUUUUACAUACUUAGCCAAAUUCUAUCCAGUGCCAUUAUUUUCAAUGUCGUAGUCUAAUGCAUCCAUUGUUGCAUUGUCUUUGUCUUAGGACCAAAUGACCACAAUUCUUGAGAAGGUAAUUCCUCUUCCUCAGGCUGAAAUAUCCCAUCAAGUUUCAUGUCUCAAUCAAUUCUCAAUCAAGCUUCAUGUCAUAUGCACUUGCCGAAACUGUUAUCUUUCUGACAGCUGAAUAUAUCUAGAUUGUGUUGGCAUAUUUUGCAAAAAAAAAUUAAAAAAAAUCAUUAUUUGUGCUGUAACAUUUGUGGUUUUAUUGGGCUGGCCUGCCAUAUGAGAGUUGAUUUUGCUUUAUUAUUUUUAAUUCUUAUGCUAAGAAUGCUUCUGUUUAUUUUUUCUGUUACAACUUAUAACUUUUUGUUUCAUUCAUUGCACUUGUGAAUUUUCAACGAAUGACUUUGUAUUUUCCAGUAGGAAAGCAGUCAGCCAUGGUUAGCUUGAGGAGGCGCAAACUUUUGGGGCUCUGUUCUGGGAAAAAAUCAUUCCCUGUUGAGCUUCCUAAGCAUGCUGAGAUUGGCAGCGUCACAGAGACACCAAAACAAUAUGUCAGAUCUUUCAGUGUGCACCCCAUGCCACUGGUUGAUUCAUUCGAUGACAAACAGAUGGAUAUUGCCCAAACUCAUCCGGGAUCUUCAAGUGUAAUUUUGUCUGGAUCAUGCAAGGAGGAGCCAGAUCAUUGUUUUCCGGUGGAGAAGCACAUAAAGCACAGGAAGAGGCACAGGAGAAAACAUUACAAUGACCAAGAGCCAUGUAUGAUGAGGGGUGUUUAUUUCAAGAAUAUGAAAUGGCAGGCAGCAAUAAAAGUCGACAAGAAACAGAUUCACUUGGGUACUGUUGGAUCACAAGAAGAAGCAGCCAAAUUGUAUGACAGAGCGGCUUUUAUGUGCGGUAGGGAGCCAAACUUCGAACUAUCAGAGGAGGAUAAGCUUGAACUAAGUCAAUACAAUUGGGAAGAGUUUUUAUCUAUGACUCGCAAUGCAAUCACCAGCAAGAAACAACAGCGAAGAUUUUGUUCGGCAAGGGGGAGGAAACUUGAGGCCGGCCCGGGGGCCUUAAUGUCUCAGUCGAUGUCAUUAUCUGAUGAUGGGGAUGUAGAUUCAUAUUUCUUGUGACUGAUUCAAGGAACCCAAUGUGUGGGCAGCCAUCAUUAUUUUUAUUUUUAUUUUUAUUUUUUGCAGUUUGAGAAUGUUCAUAUUCUUAGAUUAAGAGUAUUAACACCAUUUUAGUGAA